GCCCAGAUGGGUUAAGAGACACUUCAUGAGUCCGCGACACCUCAUACACGCGUCCACUUAUCAUUCAAGCACAAAUAGUGGUCUCAAAGCUUAGUAUCAGCCAUGCUGAAAGACAUGGAGAAGAACACCUCACUGCUCCACGGACAUGCGCACACGUGUCGUAUCGAUCAGCUGUACCAACCGUUUGAUAGGGGUGGCGGGCAGAAGGUGGGGCAGAAAGUCAAUGGGCAUUCUUUGAGGGAAAAUGCCACACUGAACCAACACCGUCAUCCAUCCAGGCCACAAAUCACAUCCAUGCGCAGCCUAAUAUAUAUUGCACCUUGCAGGAGGGAUAAAUGCCGCAGCAAUAGUCAUCAGAACGCUGGUCCGGGGUGCCAAAGGCCCUGAUCCACACUGCACGGACAGACGCAGAGACACAGCAAACAAACACACACAUACCGGUCCGUGCAGAGACACACCCGAAGAAAGACACGGACAUGUUGUUGCAUUCAAUCUUUGGGGCUGUUUGUCUGUGUCUUGACACGUACGUGCGUACCGGUAUGUUGCCUCCAUUCCGUACUCGUCCAGAUAAGUCCCCUCCCCGUGCUGCAAAUCAUUCUCCCACUCACCGUCAUAGAAGCGCUGCCGACCGAGCUUCCUUAUGACGGCAGGUGACCCUCUGAACUUGCCGGCAGGUCCUUCACCGACUCUACCGCUGCUGUACAUGAACUUGCCCCUCCCGUGGCGUAGGCCAUUCCGAAAUUGGCCUUCGUAGAAACCCUCCCCUGAAAGACAGAGGGACAGACAGACAAGACAGGGGAGUGUUUUAGGUCGCAUGAUUUCGAGUUGAGUUCUUGUGCGUGUACUCAUUGAGAGUUGUCCUUGCCCAUCAGGGAGGUCGUCUUUCCAUUCUCCUCUGUACACCAGCUCGUCGCCCUUCACCAACUUACCUUGCCCACAAAAAACAUAUAGGUAGGUAGGUAGGUAUGUGUGUAUGGAAGAGUAUGUAUCCCAGCUACUUCAAGGUGAGCGAGUACCUGAGGGCCCAUCGCGCUUGCCGUCGAGCAGCGGUCCGGUGUAGGCGUAUCCGUCACCGCAGUCCAGCUUCUCGACAUGCGCCACCCCCGGCGCGGCAGCAGCAUUUUCUGUCCCCCUGUACCUCUCCAUGAUGGCUGUGAUUUGCGGCAUCCUCGCCGCUUUCUCCAUGGGCGUCCAUCCCUGUUAAUUUUGUGGUACCAGGCCGUUCAGCCAUUGAUGCACAGUGUGCACAUCUGUGUGGGAUUACGCUGUUGUUUUUGACGUCAAGCAGCGAUGAGCCGCCCAACUCCAGCCUGAGUCAGAAGAGGAGCCCAAGAAGGAGUGACCAUGAGAAUGAAUGUAUUCGUCUGUGUCUCUCACAGCUGCGCCACAGUCUUGGAGUGGCGCUUUGAUGUGGCAUAGUGCAGUGGCGUGUCGCCAGUCUGUGUUUUCAAUGCGCAGCAAGAGACAAUCCAGCUGUGAGGAAUAUUCAUUCUGGGUGUCGCUCACCUUGCUCCUCUGUGUGAGCAUCUCUUGUCCCCCUUUGACAUAAAUAGCCUUCAGCACAUCGACAUGGCCCCAAUCGGCGGCCCAGUGCAUCACCGUCCGUCCGUCCUGCAUUUCGUUCCGCAUCACCACAUAGCUGCACGCAGAGAUAGACUGUUUCGUUCCGCUGGUACUUACCGAGCCUGUUUGCUGCAGAAUUGCCGGCCCAUAUCGGUCGAUCAUGACCGACAUCAUCUCAACAUGGCCGUCACGCGCAGCCUCCAGAAAGGGGGUCACCUGCAGGUGAGAAUUCACACACGCCAGGUUGAGUCAGACAUACAGCCUCAAAAUCUGCGCCUUGAAGUUGACACACACACGUCGAUUUGCACACCCCGUAUUCCCCAUGUCGACUGUCGAGUAUCUCUUUGCCAUCCCUGUCGAUUAGUGCUGCCACCGACUGCACGUCGACGGCCCGAACUGCCUCCCAGAUGCCAUCCUGCACACAGCCAUCACGUGGACGGUCACAUCCGGGGCACAUCUGGGGCAUGCAUUUGCUCAUGUGUAGUACGUGCUUGAUCUGUGACGAAGGGGCAGCCAUAAGGAUAAC